CGAUUGGCUGUUCCUGCCCACGUGACCCCGGGCGGCGGCGGCGGUUGCCGGGGUGACGGCUGUAGAGGUGGCGGCCCCGCGGAGAGCGUGCGGCCGGACUGCAGAUUUUUGCUGUGAGAAUUACAGUAACCCUUCAUCAUGGGAGACGUUUUGGCUCAUGAAUCCGAAUUACUUGGACUCGUAAGAGAGUAUUUAGAUUUUGCCGAAUUUGAAGACACUUUGAAAACGUUUUCAAAAGAGUGCAAAAUCAAAGGGAAGCCCUUGUCUAAGAGAGCAGGCGGGUCUCUCCGAGAUGCCACGUUGCUGGUGAUCCAGAAGGCUCUCAUUGCUGCAUUUGACAGUGGAGACCAGAAGGAGUUCUUCAGUCACUGGGAGGAGCACAUUCCUGGCUCCAUUCGAGAUGGGGACUCCCUGGCCCAGAAGUUGGAAUUCUAUCUUCACAUCCACUUUGCCAUCUAUCUUCUGAAACACUCCUCAGGGAGGCCUGACAGAGAGUUGCUGGACGAAAGGAUGUCUUACUUCAAAACCUACCUGGAGACCAGAGGGGCAGCCCUGAGCCAGACCACGGAGUUUCUGCCUUACUACGCGCUUCCUUUUGUCCCCAACCCGAUGGUCCACCCCUCAUUUAGAGAGCUCUUCCAGGAUUCCUGGAUACCUGAGUUAAAGCUGAAGUUGGAAAAGUUUUUGGCUUUAAUGUUUAAAGCCAGUAACACGCCAAGACUUUUAACACUCUGUAAGGAGAAUGGACAAAAUAACAAAGAAACCCUGCAGCAGCUCCACCAGCAGCUGGUCGAAGCGGAGCGGAGGUCGAUGACGUACUUGAAGCGGUACAAUAAGAUCCAGGCCGAUUACCACAACCUCAUCGGAGUCACGGCGGAGCUGGUGGAUUCCCUGGAGGCCACAGUCAGUGGCAAGAUGAUCACCCCAGAGUACCUCCAGAGCGUCUGCGUCCGUCUCUUCAGCAACCAGAUGCGGCAGAGCCUGGCACACAGCGUGGACUUCACCAGGCCCGGCACGGCUUCAACCAUGCUGAGAGCCUCCUUGGUUCCCAUGAAACUGAAGGAUGUCCCCUUACUGCCCUCCCUGGAUUAUGAGAAACUGAAGAAGGAUUUGAUUUUGGGGAGCGACCGCUUGAAAGUCUUCUUGUUGCAGGCUCUGCGUUGGCGCUUGACCACGUCCCACCCUGGGGAGCAGAGGGAGACGGUCCUUCAAGCCUACAUCAGCAAUGACCUCUUGGACUGUCACAGCAGCAACCAGAGGAGUGUGCUCCAGCUGCUGCACUCACAGAGCGAGGCCGUGCGCCAGUACAUGGCCCGGCUCGUCAAUGCUUUCGCCUCGCUUGCUGAAGGUCGCCACUACCUGGCCCAGAACACACAGGUGCUGCGGAUGCUGGAGGAGCGUCUCAGGGAGGAGGACAAGGACCCCAUCACCCGGGAGCACGUCCUCGGGGCCCUGCAGAAGUUCAGCCUCAGGCGCUCCCUGCAGACGGCGAUGAUCCACGACGGUCUCAUCUUCUGGCUCGUCGACAUCCUCAAGGACCCCGACUGCCUGUCUGACUACACGCUCGAGUACUCGGUGGCUCUGCUCAUGAACCUCUGUCUCCGGAGUGCAGGGAAGAGCGUGUGUGCCACGGUGGCCGGCCUCGUGCUCAGAGUCCUUUCGGAUCUGCUUGGCCAUGAAAACCACGAGAUUCAGCCGUACGUGAACGGAGCUCUGUACAGCAUUCUUUCAAUUCCGUCCAUUCGGGAGGAGGCCAGAGCAAUGGGAAUGGAAGACAUUCUCCGCUGCUUUAUCAGAGAAGGCAAUGCUGAGGUGAUUCGCCAGAUUGAAUUCAUCAUUAAGCAGCUUAAUUCUGAAGAGCAGUUGGAUGGUGACCCUGAAUCUGAUGAUGAUGAUGAAGACGAAGACGAUGAAGAAGACCACGACACCAUGGAAGCAGAUCUGGACAAGGACGAGCUGAUCCAGCCGCAGCUUGGUGAACUCUCGGGCGAGAAGCUUCUGACCACAGAGUACCUGGGGAUCAUGACCAACACGGGCAAGAGCACGGGCAAGCCACGGAAAGGCCCGGCGAUGAUGGGGCGCAGUGUGGACGAACCCCUGCGCCGGCCUGUCACCCCUGGCGGCCACAGGACCGGGCCCCCCGGGCCCCCACUGCUAGAGGACCGUCUGGUUUGUCCCCAUUACUCGAGGAGCAGCCGUCUCCAGGCCCUGCCGAGCGCCCGUAGGUUGGGGAAGCCUGGCUCGUCGGAAGGUGGCGUCUCAGCCCUCGGUGCCCAGCCUGGAGACUGGCCAUCCACAGGAUUCCGGGAGGAGCCACGCCUGCCCCCUGCAGGAGCCCCUAGCCAGGACCUGACCAUCGGAGAGACCACCAGGGAGCUGACAUCGACCUUCACCCGCCAGCCCCAGACGCCCCACACUCCGGAGAGCCUCGGCCUGAACUCUCCGCGGCCAAAGGCAUCGGCUCCGGCCCCUCGGUUUUCCUGGUGUGGCCCCCAGCAGGCCAGUCGCCCCAGCUCCGGGGGACCCUCUGCCCGGGACCUGCAGGCUGGGGCCCGGGAGCAGUGUGGUUCAUGGAUGGCGCUGCUGUCCUACCGUGCAGGCCUCACGGUGCCCACCCGGCCAGCUGCUUCCUCACGCGGCCUGGAGGAAGCCCAGCGCACAGGGCAGAUUGGCCAAGCACGGGGUCUGUGCACUUCUGCUGAUGACAGCAGCAGUAAAUGA